CUCCCCACCAUUCGACCGAACCUAUCGUACGGUGUCGUGGUACGCCCGCAGGUCAAAAAGUGAAGAAAACGAAGCACCAGCGGAGUCGAACGUCCCCUGGAAAGAACAAUCAAUUAAGAAGAAGGGCCCUAUUGCCUGUUGCUCUAUACCGAAUCUCUGCCACGGGGCCCCUGCACGGAGAGAGGGUUCCUGCACCUGCUGUUCCUGCACUUGCGGUUCCUGCUCGAGCGAAGUACUUCUACUGUACAACAACACUGCCCAGCAAACGACCGCACCGGAAUCACCACACCAAAGCUUUACAGGAAUAGAGCUAUUGGUUGUUGCAGUGUGUGUGCCGACCGAUGAACUCCUUUGUCAAGCGCGACACCUUCUCGUACGACAUUGUUUCUGCCCCGGGGGUUCCCCUCAAGAUGAGGCGACCCACGAUCAUCGUGGCCGAGGAAGAGGAUUCCGGGUCGGAAUCGGAGGACAUCACCAACCACACCACGGCGAUGGACUCCUCUCGGUGUUCCACCGACCUUGGCGCGAGCGCUGGGGACUCGCCGGGAAGGUCCGCCGGCCUGGCCUUUCGCCAGGGCCUGGACAUGCCGGCCAACGAGUUCGCGGAGGGCUGCAAGCUCUUGCAGGCCGCCGCCCUGUCCAGGAGGGAGGUGAUGGAGGGAAUCCUGGAGCAGCGUCCCCGGCUGGUCAACUUUCGUGACUACGACCGGAGGACCGCCAUCCACGUCGCCGCGAGCGAGGGCCACCUCGACAUCGUCAAGUAUCUGGUCCGGAAGGGAGCCCGGAUCAACCGGAGCGACCGGUGGGGCGGGAGCCCGCUGGACGACGCUUCGAGACACCGCCACAAGGAGGUAGUCCUCUACCUCCGGACCCUGGGCGCGACCACCGGGAGCGCCAGCAAGUCGGCCAACUUCAUCAAGGCCGCCGCCUGCGGGGACCUGGACGAGGUAGAGGUCCUGCUUACCUCGGCAGACGUUGACGUCAACGAGGGAGACUACGACAAGCGGACCGCCCUGCACCUGGCUGCCGGGGAGGGACACGCCGACAUCGUCCGGCUCCUGUGCCGGCACAAGGCAAAUGUCAACACGGAGGACCGAUGGGGAAACCGACCCCUCGACGAUGCCCUCCGCAGCAAGAGCGAGGAGAGCGCCAAGGUCCUGAGAGAAUACGGUGCCCUGAAAGGAUUGAAAAAAGAAAACACCGUCGACGAUUCCACGACCAGAAGGAGGGAGACCGCCAACCUGGAGGUCAAGUUCGACGAGCUCGAAAUGGUGGACAAGAUCGGAAAGGGAUCCUUCGGAGAAAUCUAUAGGUGUCGGUAUGUUCGAUUGUCUCGUCUUGUGUUGUGUUUCGAACACAAAAUCUGGCACAGCCCAAUCGAAACACCAAAACGCUACACUCCGCUCACUAUUUUUUCAAUUCUAUUGUUUAUUGAUGUGAUUGCACAAUAGAUGGAGGGAUAUCAUGGUUGCCGGUAAGUAACAGAUGGAAAAAUAGUUUGACACAUGAUAGACGGGUGUCACUUCUCACCAAUGCCGUGCCUUAAAACAUAUCCCAAUCCGCAUGGAUAUAUCCAUGCUUGCAGCGAAAUGCAUUCGAACAGCAAAGGUGCAGAAAGAUUGGGCCAUAAAACAAGCACUGCAGCAACUGCAGGACGGCGUCGAUGCGGCCGAUGUCAUUGACGAAAUCGACGCUGUUCAAAUACCGGAGGCCGACAAGCUCAAGGCGUUGUCGGAUUUUAGAACGGAGAUAUCGAUUCUCAAAUCUCUGCGCCACCCGAACAUCGUGCUGAUGCUGGCAUACUCGACAACCCAGGACCUCGAGGUCAUGAUCAGCGAACUCAUGAGAUGCAGCCUGUUGGACAUUUUCAAAGCACACAUCAUCAAUGGCACAAAAAUGAAAAUGAAGGACAAAAUUGCCUAUGCGACCCAGCUGGCCCAGGGAAUGCAUUACCUGCACACCUGCAAACCGGUCAUCAUCCACCGCGAUCUGAAACCGGCCAACCUGCUAAUCGAUAACUCGGGCGUAUUGAAGGUUGCCGAUUUUGGGCUAUCAAAAGUGCGCCCGGAUCGGAAACGCAACGAAAAGGACACCUUCAUGAUGACAGGCGAGACGGGAAGCUACCGUUUCAUGGCUCCGGAGAUCUUCCGCCACAUGAGCUACAACGAAACCGUAGACGUCUACUCCUACGGAAUGAUUCUGUUCUACCUCCUGGACGGGAAACCUCCGUGGCCAACCGAAAACGGAUUGGUGGCGGCUACAAAAGCAGCGGAGCAGGGCGACCGUCCCACAAUACCCAGAAGCUGGGACAUCAAGCUCCAGGGAUUGCUCCAGAAUUGCUGGGACGAAAAUCCCUCGUGCCGCCCCUCGUUCCACCAGAUCCUCAAGGUCCUCCGCCAACACACCCGUACGUAUAUAGAUCGACAAUUCGUCGCAUGGAUCUCGUCGUGUGCUCUGCGUCUAAAAUCUGGUUCCGAAAUCUAACAACGACUUAAAAUUUUAUUUCUUCUUUUGUUUCCAGGAACCGUCUUCCCAUCCGAAUCGGAAUUCCUCCAGGCUUCAAGCCCUACACUGCCAACGGAGGAAGGUCGCUGCCGAUGCGUCAUGAUGUAGAGUUGCUUGUUAUUGUGAUACACCCAAGUAUUGUUUCAAUUGACUAUGGUGAUAAUGUACGAUGUGAAGAAAGUAUGGAGUGUAUGACACUCUUUUGUCAAUGUCUGUGUGUUCUUGCAGUCUCUACUACCGUGAAGCAUAGUUUUGGUUUUUCAAAGAAAACGUCUAUUACUAUGAUUAUUCACGGGGCAUUCAUUGCACAUUUUUGAUAUUCAUAAACUAAUAAGAAGCCA